UGAAUUAGACAUGACUUGUCCUAUCAGUUUAGGAAGAUAUACUAUCUCUCCUCGAGCUAAUAGUAUAACAGCUUAUACCUUUUUAUUCUCAAAGGAUUAAACAUAUACUCAAAAGCAAUAUGAAAUCUGUUUGCGUGUUUGCCAAUUUGCUGCUGUGGUCUUGGAGCAUUGUUUUAGAGGCUAAAGAUGUGACUAAGCCCAACUUUGUGUUCGUUCUGACGGACGACCAGGAUAUUACAAUGGGAGGACAGGAGCCUAUGGUGAAGACAAAGGCACUCAUUGGCGACCAGGGCAUUAUGUUUAGCAACAUGUUUGUGUCCAGCCCCUUGUGCUGCCCGAGUCGCUCGAGUAUCUUGUCAGGGCGCUAUGUCCACAACCAUCACGCCUACAACAACACCAUAGACGGAGGCUGUAAUGGCCCGGAGUGGCAGGAAUUCGAGGACGAGCUUUUCCCGUCCCGCCUGCAGUACCGCGGCUAUCAGACAUUCUUCGCUGGAAAAUACCUGAACGCGUACGGGGCCGAACACGCGGGUGGCGUAAAGCACGUGCCAACAGGAUGGGACUUUUGGCAUGGCUUGGUUGGCAAUUCCGUAUAUUACAACUACACCCUUUCUGUGAACGGAAAAGCGGAAAGGCACGGCGACAAUUAUGAAAACGACUACCUUACUGAUUUAAUUCAUAGACGUGGGGUAGAGUUCCUGAAAAACCGAAACAUGACAGCCCCCUUCUUUAUGAUGUUAUCCACCCCUUCUUGCCAUGACCCCUUCACCCCAGCCCCUCAGUAUAACGCGUCCUUCCCCGAGGCUCAGGUCCCGCGAACAGGAAACUACAACAUGCGCGGCAAGAACAAACACUGGCUGAUAGAAAAAACAAUUGUUCCAUUGCCCAAUGACACGGUUGUCACAGGAGAUGGCAUUUAUCGACGCAGAUGGCAAACACUUCUCUCGGUGGACGACAUGGUGGCUGAUGUUGUGCAAACCUUGGAAGACCAAGGGGUUCUGAAUAACACUUACAUUUUUUUCACGUCCGAUAACGGGUACCAUCUCGGUCAGUUCGGCCUUCCUGACGAUAAACGACAGAUGUACGAGUUUGACAUCCGGGUCCCGCUCAUGGUGAGAGGUCCGGGCAUCAAAGCGGGUCAAAUAUCGAAGGAGGUGGUUGCAAACAUAGAUCUUGCCCCUACGUUCAUGGACCUGGCUGCCGAUUCAUUCGCACCAGGGGCCGACGGGAUCUCAAUGAGAGCCAUAUUGCGCCCCGAGGAUCACGUGAAGCGGCCCGUGAGAGACACCAUUCUCGUGGAACACGUGGGGGAAUAUCAGGAUAUGAUCCCGGAAUGUCCGGAAUAUAAUGGCCAAGGAAUGGCGAAUUGCAACCCGCACUGUGUCUGUGAAGACAGCGUCAACAACACGUUUGCCUGCAUGAUCCAGUUUUCCGAAGAGCAGAUGCUGAAAACCUGUCAAUUUUUAGAUUCCAUGACUUUCGUGGAAAUCUACGACACUAAAAGUGAUCCAUACGAAUUUAACAACCUCGACCCAUCAAUGGACGCGGAUAUGGUUUCUGGCCUACAGCAUCAGUUACUUAGCAUUUUAGACUGCAAGGAAAACCGUUGCCAUGUAACAGGAUUUCAAGAAAGCAAAUGCUACUUCGAAUGAUCUUUCAUAUGCUAUUGUAAUAUACUGUUCAACAAAUACAAGUCGAAUGUGAUGUUUUGAAAUUGAUGUCCUCAAUGCCAUAUAUGUGUGUGUGUGUUGCAGUUCUUUUUUGUAGUAUUUUAUAAGUAGAAGUAAUACAUUCAUUUUGAGUAUUGCGUAAAAAAAUAAAUAUUUAUGUGAUAAGUAGAAUUAAUAUCUUCAAUUGUACUUUUGCGAAUCCUCGCGCAAGAAAAGUGAACCUUCAAUAGUUGUGUACAUUGUACGUCAAUACUUCCGCAACAGAACAGUAUUGUUCUUUCCGGAGAAGUCUUAUAAUUAAAUUGAAUGUCGAAAAAUGCACAAUUAUUAUACCCUUAAUUCAAUACCCUUUCUAUGAAUCAACUUGACAUGUGAUCGCGUAUAAAUAAAGUAUAAUUAACUUUAAUAUCAAUAACAAUAAAAUGAAACAUUACCAACCAAAAUAAUUAUGAUGGUUUUGUCCUCGGGUAUGUUAUAUUUUUCCUUGAAUACCAACAUAACUGCCUAUUUAGUACUUUCACAAAAAUCAAGGGACAAACAGAUGCAUUAAUUAAACAGAUAGUUGCUACUGAUUUACAAUUGAACUUGUUUACUCCAAACCAUGCAAAACACAGUUGUGAAGAAACUCCUUUUGUUAUUUGUAGUAAGUGUUAUUAUAAUUAACUAGUUGAAUUGAUUGAUAUUAUUUGACAUACAUGUUCAUGGGAACUAUCAUAUUUCUGCAAUAUGAUUAUUACAUGUAAGUCUUUUUUUAAGUGAAAGCGUAUUAAAUCACGAGGUAAAUGUUCUUGAAAAUUAAUAUCAUAUAACUGAUAUAGACAAGGCAAGGUAAUGUAUUUCGUAUAUAGAGGCCUGUCCCAGUAUACAAUAUGUCGACAUGUCACGUUAUACACGCAUAAGUUUAAAAUAGUUUUAUGGUUAUAAUUUUCGCAUUAAAAUGUAUAUAAAUAAUGCAAUGUUCUCAUCGCAUUAAUAAAAUCGAUUUCAUCUCUGUUUCCACUUUACCAAGAAAAAAUGUAAAGGUAACGCUCUUCGUGAAAUUUACUCCGUAAAUUUUAGUACAUAUAGACAAGGACCUUAUAUAGCUUUCCCUUUUAACCUAUUGUUGCAUUAUGACAAAUAGUUUAUAGUAAAAUAUCCCAUUAUAAACAUUCUGAAAAUAAAUAAAAGGCAUACACCUUA